AUGGGCUCUGGCGGCUCGUCUCAGGCAGCCAAACGUGCUGUGUCAGCAAAUAUUGCUGAGGCGGACCAAACAGAAGGAUGUCGGAGUGGCAUUAUGCCGACCGCCCAGGAGCACACCAGCCCGGAAGUCCACAGCAAGCUGUACGAUGAAAUCAUGAGUUCCAUCGACCUGGUCUUCGGGCACUUCAGCGAUGGAGUUCGAGGACUUCCGGCGGAACGACUCGGGCAGGCCAUGCGGAUCCUGGGGAUGAACCCCACGGAGGAUCAGGUCUACAAACACUUGGCAGAUCUUGGUCGCCCAUACAUCGACCAAGCGACGUUUCACCGUUUCAUCCAGGACGAAUUGACAAAGUAUCUCGAACAGGUUCAGGCUGUGGUUGACUAUUUGAAGCAAUAUGAUACGGACAACAAGGGCGCCUUGUCCACUGAAGAAGUUCAAGCAGCGAUCAGAGGAAGUGAGCUGAGCCAGAAGAAGCUCCAGGCUUGUAAAGGUCAGCUGGAUAUUGUGGAGCUGGCAACGUGUUUUCUGGAGCUGGGUGAUGAGGACAUGCUUGAGCCAUCGGAGGCAGCCAUGGCAGCCAUUGGGGGAAUCGCCGGAGAGCGCCAGUGGCCCAGCAGUUUGGAGGCUCAGGCCUACAGCACGAUGUUCAGCGAUGUCAUCGCUUCCACGAACGCGGUCUUCAGAUAUUUCUCCCAGCCUUCUGGAGUUCCCGCGGAACGACUUGGACAUGCCAUGGCUAUUCUUGGGAUGAAGCCCACGGAAGAUGAGGUCAAAAAGCAUUUGGCAGGUCUCGGUGGUCCAAAAUACAUUGACCAAAAGAUGUUUCACCGUUUCAUAGAGGAGGAAUUGGGAAAGCUGAUUCCGAAAGUUCAGGAAUUGCUGGACUAUCUAAAGCAGUUCGACACGGACGGUAAAGGCGCAUUGUCAGAGGAAGAGCUGCAAGAAGUGAUGAGAGGAAGUGAGCUGAGCCAGGACAAAGUCCAGGCCAGUCUUCGGAAGCUGCCGAGGAACAGUGAAGGUCACCUGGACAUCGUGAAACUGUCCAAGUACUUCUUGGAGCUCGGCGACUCUCAGGUUGAAGCUGACGACUCGAUUCCUGGUACAGCGAAAACUAGGCAGGAUGUCGCCUCCCAGGUGCGAGAAGCCAUUGCCAAAGCGGCCGACGCAGAAGCUCGAUACGGCUUGAAAGAUCCACAGGCUUUCGCCCAGUUCCUACAAGAUUCGGAUGUUCGGUUGGUACGAGCCAAGUACUUGGUAGACUUGGUUCUCUCCAAACGGCCGUUACCGAGACGGCAAGAAGCUGAAACCGAGACCUUCACGUGCGGUGGCGAGCCUCAGAGUGCGUUGGUGACGCACGAAGAAGUGCAAAAUUGGGCUAAUGGGACCCAGGAGGCAAUCAUUUGUUCCAUUUCCCACGCCUGGGAAACCCGGGAACAUCCAGAUCCCUGUCGGCACCAAUUGCAGCAGAUCGUCAAUCAUACCGGACUGUACGGUGCUGCAUUCGAAGCAGACAUUUGGAUCUUCUAUGAUUACAGCUCGCUCUUCCAAUAUGAAAGAACCAACUCACAUGAAGAGAGGAGCUUUCGAAAGGCGAUGAACAACAUGCACCUCAUGUAUGCUCACGAAUGCACUUUGACAUUCAGGAUCGAAACCCUUACUCCAGAGCCUGUUUGGAACACCAUGCUGGCUGAUGAAGAAGCUGUUGUCCGAGUGUAUGAUGCAGGCAGCAAGACUCUGAAAGAGAAGCCCUUGAAGCUCUUGGAAGCCAACAGAACUCCAUACUUACUGCGAGGGUGGUGUAUGGCAGAAAUCGAAUGGUCAUCUCUGAGAGGAGUGAAUGCACAACAUCAACACAUCGACAGACCGAAGGAUCCGAAGGAUCCGAAGGAUCCGAAGGCUGAGACGAAGGGAUCCGAUGAUCUCAAUGGGAGAGUGCCUAUGAUCCCUGAGAAGUUCAGGCAGCAAAUGGAGCAAGCAAAGUUCACCCAUCGCUCGGAUGCUGAUGCAGUGAUCUAUUUGCAACAAAAGAUUUUCAGGGAGAAGGUGAUCGAAUGUCAACACUUGGUGUUGGAAGGCCUUCCGGCCCAAGAGAUCUUGGCACUAGCGCAUGCACUCCCACACUACGAAAAUCUGAAGAGCUUGAAGGUGAGGAGGUUUCAAUGUGGCGAGGAAGAGGCAACGUCCCUAGUCAAGGCUUUGGCAUCAAGUCAAGUGGAGACGCUUGCAAUCACCCGUGGCAUGGGUGAAAGUGGCCGCUUCAUGGUGAAGGCUCUCGCGGAAGCCUUGAAGACCAAUAGCUCCGUGCGGGACAUGAAUUUGGCAUUCAAUGAGAUUGGUGCCGAGGGAGCUCAGGCCUGGCCUGUAUCGGAUGUGUUGGGCUCUUUGGCUUAG